AUUAGACAUAACUUGUCCCUGCACAGCAAGUUCAUUAAAGUCCAUAAUGAAGCCACAGGGAAGAGCUCUUGGUGGAUGCUCAAUCCUGAGGGUGGUAAAAGUGGAAAAGCACCAAGAAGAAGAGCUGCCUCCAUGGACAACAGCAGCAAACUCGCAAAGGUCAGAGGUAAAGCAUCCAAAAAGAAGCCUCCUCUCCAGUCUGCUCCAGAAUCCACUGCUGACAGUCCUGGCUCCCAAUUCCCUAAGUGGCCUGGGAGCCCGUCUUCAAGAAGCAAUGAGGACUCUGAUGUGUGGAACACCUUCCGGCCUCGAACCAGUUCCAAUGCAAGCACCAUUAGUGCCAGGCUUUCUCCUAUCCUGACGGAGCAGGAUGACCUUCAUGAUGAAGAGUUGCUUCCUUCUCUAGUGUACUCCAGUGCAUCCAGCAAUGUUCCACCAACUGUGACUGAGGAGCUUGAGCUCAUUGAUGGGUUAAAUUUGAUGUCUCCCAGCUCAUCUGUGUUAUCUACCCAGCAAUCUGCCUCCAGUGGUCAGAUCCAGAGAGAUUCCAGCUUUUCCUUGCGGAGCCCAAAUGCGGCUGGUCAGACGACUACUUUUGGCAAUUCCCUGUUUAACCCUGUUGAUAUCUCGCUGCAAAGUUCUGUCAGCCAUUUCUCUGGCCCUCAGACCUUGGAAGCUCUUCUGACACCCAGCUCUCCGCCUCCAAGGGAUGUUAUGAUGACUCAGGUGGAUCCAGUUCUCCCACAGACUGGUAACAGGAUGAGCAGCCGAACUCUUCUGCUUCUAGGUGGACAAGCUGCCCAGAGUAAGUUGAGCUCAGGCAAUGCACGAGGGAAGCCUACAGAGCAGCAGGCAGAACCAGUCGGUGCCAGCGUUUUGCCAUCAACACUUCCCUUAGUAACAUCCCCUCAAAACACUGCCAGCAUCACCAGUGUGAAGGCUCCAGUUUCUGCAACAACUGCCCAGCCGGUUCAGCUGGGAAGUCCACUGCUUCUUUCUUCUGGUAGCCCUGCUCCCUUGGGAUUGAGCCAGGACAGGCUGCCCACUGACCUAGACAUUGACAUGUACAUGGAGAACCUUGAAUGUGAUAUGGAUUACAUAAUCAACAGUGAACUCAUGGAUGGAGAAGGACUGGACUUCAAUUUUGAACCCAUUCUGUCUACUCCCAGCUAUCCCAGCACCUCACAGGCCUCCAACCAUACCUGGGUACCAAGUUAA